AUGGAACCCCAAAAUUGUAAAACUUACUUUUCAUUAUAGUAUUAGCAAAGUCUGCAAUUGAAGGAUUUGAUAAUCUCUUGUUGACUUAAACCCAAUUUAUGACUCAGAAGAAAAAGGUUUUUUUGGAAGACAACAUAAAAUAUGGGAAGGAAAUAGAUCGAGACUAUAAUAAAUUAUAAGACAUUCUUGAUGUAAAUAAAUGAUUGAAUAGGAAGAAUUUAUAAGGGAAGAUUGAUAAAAUUAUAAAAUCUUAGGAAGAUGACUUUAUGAUUGCAUAUAGAGAAUAAAUGACAGAGGUUCAAAAAGAAUUGAAGAACAUGAAGAGAAAAAUUGAUGAGGAAGCCUUGAGAUAGAAGGCAGAUGAGAAAAAGAGAAUUCUAGAAGAAGAAAGAGAUUAUUUUAAAUAGGAAGCCUUAAGAUUAGAUAAAUUGUGUUAGGAAUAAUUGAGAACUAUCGAAGAACUCAAAUUUAAAUUAAAGAUUACCUUAGAAGAAAAGCAAUAUUACGAAGGCUUUGUGAUUGGUAUUAGCUAGUAAUAUUAAUUAGAUUCAAAAAAGGAGAAUAAGGCUUUGAAAUAUGAACUAUUGUAUUUAUAUAAACAAAAGAGCGAGGAACAAAAAGCAAUUACAAGAUUGGGUUCAGGUGGAAAUGUUGGUUAAAGAAACAAAGCAAAGAAAAUGCUGGACUUGAGGCCUAUGACCUAAGAUGGCACUCAUGUGAGUUCAACAAAAGAUGAAAUUAAUGAGGGAUCUAAACGAGGGUUUUCAUCAAUCAAAUAAACUUAAAAGACUUAAUUUUCAAGCAAACUUUAAGAGUAAGGUUCUUCUUUAAAUGAUUUUUACAAAAGAGAAUUGUCCUCUUAAUAGUAAAGUAGACAAAAUCCAGAUAUGGAAUAGGUAAUAAUUGCAAUAUAUUAGAUUGAAGAAAUCUCCAAAAAAGAUAUUAUUUCAGAUUUGAAAUAGUAAUUAUAAAAAGAAAAAUAAUAAAUUUAGCAAUUGAAAGCAGAACUUUCAAAAUAAAAUUGCUAAAGAGGAGAGUUGGAAUAAAUUUUAUUAGAAUGCAUUGCUGAAACAAAAAAAGAAGUACAUUCUCGUUAGUGCUUACAAAAACAGGUUCUGAAUCAUAGAUAUUUGGAUCUAAAUCAUAAUCCAGGAGAUAUAAAUUUUACAUAAUUCACUCACACAGAUAAAAUGUAUUUAAAAUUUAAAACAUUAGAGCAUUGUUAAGAAAGUAUAUAGAAAGAGAAGAAUUCUUGGAUUAAUUAUAUUAACUCACUUUUAAUAAUUAACUAUAAAUUACUUCAUCACUUAAAUUAAAUGAAAAAUGGAAAAUGGAUGCAGAAGAAGCAACUAAAAAAUUCAAUACCUUUAAAACCUUUAAAUAUAAGCACAUUACUAGUCAACGUACUUUAUAUAUUAUUAUCAUAGCUAUAUUAAAAACAGCACUUGUAAAGAAAAAUGAAAUAGAAUCAUUAAAUAAUUUUACAGAUAAAAUUAAAGGGUUAAAUUGA